AUGGCAGCCGGCGAAGGGCUGGGCCCGGCGCUGCGGGCCGGCACGGAGCGGGGGCAGCCGGUUCAAGAGCUGCUGGAAAAGGCGUCGGACUCCAGGAUUCUGUCAUCUUGUCCGGAGAUUAAGUGGCAUUUUAUUGGCCAUCUGCAGAAAAAUAACGUCAACAAAUUGAUCGCUGUCCCUAACCUCUUCAUGCUGGAAACGGUGGAUUCAGUGAAACUGGCGGACAGAGUCAACAGCUCGUGGCAGAAAAAAGGGUCCACUCACAAGCUGAAAGUCAUGGUGCAAGUGAACACUAGCGGAGAAGACAGUAAGCAUGGCCUGCCUCCCAGAGACACCGCAGCAGCUGUGGAGCAUAUCAUCAACAAGUGUCCAAGCCUGGAAUUUGUGGGGCUGAUGACGAUUGGCAGCGUUGGCCACGACCUUAGCAAGGGGCCGAAUCCUGAUUUCCAGAUGCUGCUGUCGCUGCGGCAGGAGGUGUGUGAGAAGCUCAACCUGCCCCUGGAGAAGGUGGAGCUGAGCAUGGGCAUGUCCACGGACUUCCAGCACGCAAUAGAGGUGGGAUCCACGAACGUCAGGAUCGGAAGCACAAUUUUUGGAGAGCGAGAUUAUUCCAACAAAGCAGGUGGUGGCAAAGCCCUUGCUGAAAGCGAAGGUAAAACGGAGGCCUUGACAGUGCAGGAUCAUUAAAACGGGAUAAAAAGUGGCCUCGCCAGAGGACAGAUGAUGGGAGACCUCACUAUGCAUUCUUACCUCCCUCCGUGUCGGCACCCGAUCAUGAUGGUGAGAGGAAAUUCCUCGUAAUAGAAUAGAGGCCAGAAACGCCUCGUAAUUUAUUGUGAUUUUAGAGUCCCCAUAGAAACUGGAACCUUUGUAACCAGCAAAUGGUAAGAAAAAACAUGGUUGAAAGCGACUUUAGUACCGUAGCUACUCCAGGCUGCUUAAGA